GAAGAUUUGUAGGAGUAAAAUGCAACAAACUGUUAUGGUCCACACAUUUCCACAUAUUCAAAAGUUCCACUUCAAAUGCAUAAGUAUGUGAGCACCAGCCUACUGUUUUCAUGACCAUUACAACAAAAACUAUAUUUUCAUUCACCACAAUGUGUUCAAUCAUGCAAAACUGAGGUGUUUCAUCUUUAACAUCAAUGAACAAAACACAUUUACCAGAGUAGGUACUUGAUUCCUUUCAAAAUUACCCAUGAUGUUUUGUAGCAGCUCGUUUCAAACACGGGUUUCAGAGUAUCUUUAAAACUGUCAUAAUGGCUUAGAGAACAUGUUGAAAUAAUGUUUCCAGGACCAACAGUUGUCAAAGUGUUAUUAAGUUCCUUAUGAGAGAAGAAUGUAAUGCAGAGCUGCAACUGAUUCUUGAUUGCCAAAGAGUAUGGAAUAUUGCGCCGGGAGCAGAUGUUACGACCAGAGAUAUUAAAUAAUCUAUGCCGUGCUUCAUACCUCAUGCACCAAACAUUCACAAGGGGACCAACAGAUUCCAGAAUACGCGGAUAAUGUAGCAUGAAAUGAUGCUUCGAUUUGAGAGGUUCUUUGAAAAGCUGCUGAAACAAGGUGUGAUGAUCGACAAUCAAAGUUUCCAAUAGAACCAAUGUUCCCCUAUUUACUUCAUGAUCGGUGACAAUAUCUACAAUUUCUCUUAAACACAAAUAAAAAUCCCAUACAGCAUCUCCAUCCAAAACCAAAUCUCCAACCAUCAAAUCGAAAUACCUGACGAGGGAGAGCAUUUCAGAUGCUGAUAUGAUUACUAUAUGCGUAUUCUUUAAAUGUUCACCAUUGAUAUGAGGUGGUUUAUUACAGUUUUCACUUUUCCCAUAAUCAAAAAAUUUGAUUCUAUUAUUCAAAGUACUGAUAUUAAAAAAUCCAACACUCACCAAGUAUCUAAUUAUGUGUGCCAUGUUGUACCUGCACACCCCCUCUAACAAAGCAUGCAUUACAUCAACACAGACCUUUUUCAGUUACAUGAUUACUUGGUAACCUGUUCCAUCUACAAUUACUUUUAAUCCCAGUCUUGGAGGAGUCACGGAAAAUAACAUCAGUGUUGUCAUUUUCUCGGUUUCUAAUAAGAUUUUUAUCAGCCUGUACUUGUUUUUGUGUAGUUUUCUUGUCUACUUUGCAAAAUCUACAAUAAUAAGUUGCAGAGAAACAUUCAACAAAGCCAAGAAUAGAAUCUAAACCUAAGUUAUCUCCAACAAGCAAGGCAACACAGAAUUGAACAGUUUUUUCACCAUCAGUAGUAUUCACCAAUAUACCAUUUCUUUCCAAAUGUACUAGAUCAUCAAUAAGAAUGGAAAAUUCAGAAUCAUUACCGAAGUUCGAUCUAUCAGAGGAAUGAAAGAUCAUUCCUAGGAAAAUGUUGUCCAGUGCAGACAGACAUUCUGUAGGGAGUGCUGGAACAGUGUAAUACACCACUCCAAGUUUGUGUUUUCCAGCAUUUGAUCCUAAUGGGUUCCCAACUUCAAAGUCAUCAAAGUAUAAAUGCAAAGGUAUGAUACAUUUCUCUGGACAUUCUUUCAUUUUAGUUUGCCAUAAUCCUGCAUUAAGAAAAUUGGAUAUUUUAUCUGUCUGGUUAGAAUGACUAUGCAAGUGUGCUAAACAAGCUUUGAAUACACCCGGAAGACCUAAAAACAACUUCAGAACUUUUUUCAUUGGAAUAUAUUGACCGUUACAAGAUUUAGGUGUUUAAACUGGUGCAUUAGCAUUACUGGUUACAAACUGCUCUCCUAUUACAAAAGACUGUGGUUUUAUGAGACAUUCAGAUUCUUCAAAAAAUUUUAUUCUACUAUACUCUGUACGUAAAUGUUUAAAUGUGUUUUGAAGAGAGUCGAUUAAGGACAUCACAUCAGUAAAAGUUUCUUCAGGUUGACCAGAUUGUACCUCUUCCAGUUUUGUUUUUAAAUAUGACAUUCCACUGCCAAAAAGAAUAUCAAUUCAUCAACUACAUGCUGGACAACAUUUCUUGUUAAAGCCGGAUUACUGUAUAGUUUGGCCACAAACUGAGCAGCACUUUCUUCAAUAUUCUUAGUUACAAUACCAGUAGAAAUAUUACAAUAAUCAUUGCUCUAUGUUAAUAUUUGCGAGAUUGGACAAACAGCCAUUUCAAAGUCAGCAUGGGAAGAUUGACUAGACGAACCCUGUAAUGGUAACUGUGAUUCAGCUUUUUUAAGGAAGUGUGAUUUUUCUCCAAAUGCUUAAACAUCCAAAAGUUUUGAAAUUAUCUGGCACAGCCUAGUUGGCCACAGGAAAAGGAACCAAAUCUAGAUUUGCUGUGAUGAACUUUCAUGUGGAAGAUAAGCAUCUUCAUAAGUACACUUUAUUACUAAACAAAUAAUCUUAAUUUUUGUAAUAUUGCACUUAAAUUGAUACAAACACUGUUAGCAAUAAAUGUAACCAUACACACAUUUUACUUAAACUUCUUAAAAUUGCACAAAUACCGUAUAAAAAAUAUUGCAGUUACAUCCAAAAUUAUUUUACGAGGAAAGAUUUACUCUCAGUUUUUUAAUGCAUCAUAUAAGCUACUUUAAUGGAAUAAAACAGCACCAAUACACAAAGUAUAAUUUUUUAUUUGUUUGCUUUUGGUUUUUUUGUUGAAAAAACUUAUAAUAAGAGUUGACUUUGUUUUCUCUAGAGACCUCUGUACUUUAUCAGCAUGUUUUUUCUUUUCCUCUGUCUUCUCCCUUACUUUUGUUACACUUUCCAGCAUAGCUUGGGCCACACUAGAAGCCACCAUAUCCUUCUCCUUGAGUGCAUCUUUCAAGCGCUGGUUUGCAUCUUUCAACAACCUAUCAGCAACGCUGCUCUUCAGAUCUUAACUUCUUCAGUGUUGCCUCUUCUUCUUCAAUGUUUACUUUUUCUGUUUUCAACUAUUGCUGGAGGUCUCUCUCGACUGCUAUUCGUAGGGCCCGGAAAUUUUCGCGAACCGCGAAAUAACGCGAAAUACCGCGAAAUGCCACCAAAAUUACAUUAUAUGCGAAAUUCCACAAUAAACCAUCUAUUCGCGAAAUAACCGCUAAAUCAUUUAAAUUCACUGGUUUACAUAAGCGUUCACCCUAAUUUACGUAUUUUGCUUUCACCCGAAACUCGCGUUACACUUAUUUACAGCAAUAUUAUAUGCUCUUUAUUCAUAAAAUCUACAUUUCAUAACCCCAUGUGAAUUAAUAUUGUUCUGUUUUCUAUUCCACGUAACGUAACCUACGAACGAAAACCAAAACAAACACAUCGACGCCUGCUAGAUGCGAGUGCGAGCGUAGGCGAUAAGCGCCCGAGUUCGAGAUAGUCGAUUUAAGUGUCGAUACAUUCAUGGCAACUGUUUUUUCUGUGCGUAAAAGUGUAGCCGGUGCAGUCUAUUAACGAUUCUAUCCGUUUACCGCGUCAGUGGCCACGCGCAUUGUGUUCAUGUGUUUACUAAAGGGAUGUUCACAAUAAAAUUAUCUCGUGAUUGAUGAAAUACGUGUUUGUUAAUACUGAGUGUUGAAAAUGCCGAAAGUUGUAAGUGUUUUUGAUUGUGCACGUGAAUUUGAGUGCGAUGGAUUUUACGUUUUUGACAAAGUGAACAAAACAUUGAUGUGUAAAUUUUGUAAUGUUAAAAUAGAGUGGGCUCGCAAAGACACGUGUGUCAAGCAUUGCCGCGAUGGUACAGUGCACAGACAGAAAAAAGCAGCAGCUGAAUCACAAGCCUGCACAAGCAAAAGGCAAAUUUCUGUUGGUGACAGCUUUCAGGUGGCAAAAAAGACGAAAGUUGACAAAGAAAUUUUUGCCUCAUCUUUGACAAAAGCUUUCACGGAAGCGAACAUACCAUUGGAGAAACUCGGCGAUCCUGCAAUAAAAAACUUUGUGGAAACUUUUGUUCCUGGUGGAGGGCAGUUACCAUGUGUAAAAACAUUGCGUGAGACGUAUGUGCCCAAGAUCCAAGAAGCGGCUGAGGAGCAGUGGAUUAAAUCAAUUGAGGGACAAGAUAUUGUUAUUUUGUGUGAUGAAACCACUGACAAAAAGGGACAGUGUGUUUUUGUGGUGCUUUUCAAAACAUUACAAGCUUCAGACUCACAAAUUCUUCUUGUUGCCGGGGUCAAAAUUUUAGAGAAUUCUAAUGCUAGUGAGUGCUCGCGGGCAAUAUUAGAAGUACUGACAAAAUUUAAGGUUGACCAUACAAGGGUUGAUGCGGUUGUGUGUGACAGUGCACGCUACAUGACAAAGUGUGUGCAUUCUUUACAAGUUGUUCUUUCGUCUGAGGGUAGGGACGUCCUUCAUGUUCAGUGUUGGAGUCAUAAACUGAAUCUCAUUCAAAAUAUUUGGCCCCAAUCUCUGCCGGAGCUUAACAAUUUUGUUAGCAAAACGAAAACAGCAUUUAUGAACACGCGCAAAAGGAAACACAAGUACUUGUGUUUUCUCAAGCAGCGCUAUCCAGAACAAGAAAAGCCUCAUGUUCUGUUUCCAUCACCAGUCCUUACAAGAUGGGGUUCAUGGUUUGAGUCGGUGGGUUAUGUUAACACAUACCUUGACGACUUGGUAACAUACCUGAAGUCACUGGAGCUCGAGUCGUCAGAAGCUCUGAUGUAUUUUCAAACCUUGUCAGUGGAAGAGAUUGUAAUCAUUCAAUGUCAGGCUGAAUUUCUCGUCGAACAUGGGUGUGCUUUGGUUGAGCUGACAAAGCAGCUGGAGGGUUCAAGCUACCCCAUGUCCCACUUGAUCAGUGGAAAACUCUCAGACUUGUUGAAAAGUUUGCAGCUGGUGAAUGAUUUUAAUUUUGGCUCAAAAACAAAUGAGAGUCUAAAGUUGUUGGCAGCUGUUAAACAAGGUUUGGUUAAAUCCCAGUUCCAGUCCUGUGGGUUGAGGUGUCACACAAAGUUGAUGAAGUUGAUUAAUGAAGAUCCUUCCAAAAAUAUCUUCCAAAACUUGGGGCAACUGUUUAAUCCACGGGAAAUGAUGUUUGCAAUGAUAUGGUCAGGGCAGGAAAAUCAUUGCCAUUUGUUUCAACUGUUUCAGGAAAAGAAUUUUUGGAAGGAUACUCAGCCUUAAAGGAAAUAGUAGUUGAGAAAGUGAAAAAGAGUGAAGGAAGUGUGGAUAUCAUUCCAAUUCUGUUGGCCUUAAAACUGGACCAUUCAGCUUUUGCAUGCAAUGCUCUGAAAGCCAUUUGGAUACCAGUAUCAAAUGUUGACUCUGAAAGGACAUUUUCAGCAUAUUCCGAUGUGUUUUCAGACAAAAGGCGAAGUUUGAAACCUCAAAACGUUGAGCUUAUGGUCUCAUUGUACUUUGGAAGUAAAACAUAACAUGUUGAAGAAACUCGGACUAAGUUAUACUUACAGUGCUGAAUUGUUAUUAGCAUAAAUUUUGCUUCUUGUCUUACAUAUUGAAUAAUUUUUGUAAUUUUUAACUAUUGAAACUGUUGAUUUGUAAUUUGUGUUUUGUGGAAAGCCAAAAAAAAAUGUAGGCCUGUCCGAUUAUAUUUGCAUUCUAUAUGACAUAAUUUUUGUAAGUACAGCGUGUAUUUUUUUUUAAUUCACACUUCCGAAGUGCAGUUUUUAUGACGAAAUAUAAAAAUUUUUAUGGCGAAAUCUGCUUAUUUUAUUUACCGUUAAAGUAGGGCUCUAGCUAUUCGGUGUUCUUCUUCCUCUUUAACUUUCUGUUUCUGUUCCAUAAUUUUCUGCUGAUCUUCACAGUACUGUUUGUACCGAACAAAAUUGGCCCAGACCGUGAAAAACCUCUUUCAACAUCUGCACUUCCAUGUGAAAGUGACAAAGCGGCUUUCACUACUUUCGUCACUGUGGGGAAUUUCACAUCUGCAGAAUUAUUUUUCCUCUUAAAGAACUGAUUCCAGUACAUAUCUAUGCGGCUUUUCUGGCUACCAGGUUCAUCUUCCUCCAGCGCCAACAAUUUACACUCAUCUGCAAGUACAUCCUUGGCAAUAACAAAUGGAAGUGAUCUUGCCACUUUCACUAUUUCUUUGUGACUUCCCUCUUUGACACGGUUUGGUGGAAACAAACACUGUAGAUGCCUAAGUAGAGGCUUGGACAACAAGGACGAUUUCAUGAAAAUGUCUUUACAUGAAGCAGUAAAAUGCUUUCUAGUUUGCAUCAUAAAUAUCUUCCUCUCCUUCUCACUCACUUUCUUCAGUUCUUCAUGCACACCAUUGCCACAACAUAUUUCUUUCAGUGGUAAAUAAUGCUCAAAACUGAAAGCUUGUACAGAAAAUGGAGCUGAUGGUUUGCAAAUACAGUUCAUUACUGUUCUAGCAAGAGUUUUCAGUUCAUCGUACAUGAUGUGAGCCAAAGGCUCUUCUUUUUGAAAUUCUCCAGUAAAAUUAGUAAAUAAACCAGCACUUCUACAAACAAACAUUACUUCAGCUGUCAUAGUCUUGUCUUUCAAGAGUCGCACACUACUCUUGUAUUUGAAUGACUUCAUUAAAUGACUUUUAUAUUUAAGAAUGUAAUCCAUAAAAUACUUGACGACAGCAGGCCAUUGCUCAAGAAGUACGAGGGUUAUUUUUUUUUCAACCUCCGAUCAGCUGUAAUAAAAAAACGGGAAUGAAUUGGGAAAUUAUUUUAAUGUCAAAAAAAACGUACAUCUUUACUCUGUUUUUCCACAUAAUCACAGUGCAGAUUGAGGCAUUUGUCGUACCAAUGCACCAGCUUUCCAAUACCCUCUGCAUAAAAUGAUGCCUCCUGCCUAUUCAGCCACGUUUUAACAGUGCCCUGCAGUGUGAUUACAGUUUCAUUUCUCCAUGGCAUGCCCAUUAAUCGAUACCCUAAUCGCUCUUACACGAAUCGACACGUCUCGUAGUGUUUACCCCCUUCCACCAACCAUGUGGAGCGGCCAACUCACACCUGAGUUAUGUUUGAUCACCCUACUUACAGUCCGGAUUUGGCACCGAGUGACUAUCACCUUUUCCCCACGUUGAAAAAGUGGCUUGGAGGACGACGCUUCAACACCAAUAAAUCCUAAAAUCGCCCAAGUAAUGCAAUAAAAAAAAUGCACUAAAAAACAAGCAGCCUUGCUAACACAAAUUAUUUGAGGGGGCGGGGGGGGGGGGGCGAGAACAUUGAUAGAAAAAACCACCAAAAGAUGUAAUUUGUCAGUGGAGUACCUCAAAAUUUUGUACAAAUUAUGAUCUUGUAGUCACAUCAUAGAAACAGAAAAAUGCAUGCUAAAUGAUGGUUAUUCAGAACAAUAAUGAUGAAAAUUAGUUUAAUAUAUUAAUUUGAUACACUAGCAAUAUGUGCUUACAAUCUGAAACAGGAACUGUAGUGAAUUCUGACUGCAGAAGUCUCAAAUGUUGUUUAUGUUUAAGGUAUCAUUUUAUUAUACAUCAAUUUUUAAAGAUAAAAAUAAAUGGUAAUUUGAUCUCCUGCAGUAUGAAACCUUGCUACGUUCUGUUUAAAUUAUUGUCCGAAUUAUAGUGGUGUUUGUUAACAUGCUUCUCCUUUUGCAGUGCAAUGUGACAUAUUAAAACAGAAAAUGUUUCAGCAGAACUGUUACUGUACUUUUACAGUAUCCUAGGAUUUUUUUUUUAAUUUAUGAAUAUUUGAAAAUUGUACAGAGUUUUAGCACAUCACUUCAAAUUCAUUUUUUUUGUAGAUAACACAACAGUAAAUACAAGCAUUUUAUACUUAGAAGUGAAGAUUUUGAAACAGAUGAUGAAUGAUUACUUCUGUCAGAAGGCCUCUACUUUUGCAGGAAAGAAUUUUGUCAUUUUGGUAAGCAGCAAGAACAAAUUUUCCAGAUGUACUUUUGUUCAAGAUUGUUUCCAAGUCUAAACUAGCAACAGGGGAAAAAAAUUUCUUUGCUGUACUGCUUUCUUCACUUUCAUUUCUUCUUUUCGGUGUGCAUGCUUCAUUUUGUAAUUGAUGACUUACAUUCUUCUAUCAGUGAAUUCUCCAUUAAUAAUUCUGGAAAUAUUUCAACUUCUACGUUUUCAUUGAUUAUUGGCUGCUCAACAUUCUCAGCGAAUGAAUGGCUACCAACACUUUUAAGUUCUCUCCAGAUUCUACUUGUCCUCUGCAGAGCUGUAGUUGAUAGUCAUUCAAUUUCACCAUAAAUCUAGCUCUCAUACCAACUUUAGGAAUUAGCUCUUUAACAUCAUCUUUUGAAAGAGCUGCCAAUGCCUCCUCAUUAACAUCAUUCUCUAUGGGGAAAAAAAUUCUUAGAAAUAGAGAAAAAUUAAAGUUUGAAUUAUCAUAAUUUGUUCUUAGAGGCAAAUUAAAAAAACAUGCCAAGAAGAAAAUGAUGCAGUUCAGAAUUAUAAAUUAUCAUCAUCAUAAAAGUGGCUAUCUAUCCACAUUUACUACUAAAUAUGUCAUACUGGAAUGUUUAAAUACAUUAUUUUCAGAUAAAAGAAAUGAUUAAUUCUGAUAUGUUUAACAAUUAUUCACUAAGAGUAUGUUAUAAUUUAAGUAGUUUACAGUAAUUAAUUGUUAAUGUUAAAAUUAACAGAGCCUUUGGAUCCAGCAGUUUAAGUUAACCUUCAUGGAAGUUUAAUGAGAACUUAAAAAUAUUAUGUAAUUGUGUUUGUGUAUAUUUCUGGAUACAGAACACAAAUUGAUUCAGAAAUUUUUGAUUUUUUUUUUAAUAGGGUGGGUAAUAAAUAUUUUUGCAAUACAGAAUCCUAAUAGAACAAACUUUUUUGUUAAAUAUUUAAGAAGCCUAUAUAAUACAUACAAUCUUGUUAAUGUGGAUGAACAAGUGCUGCUGUUAAAAUUUUUUUUCAAAAUUCAAAUUUUUAAUGCUUUUUUGGGGGUCAUAUCUCAAAAUAACAAUCAAUAUUUGUUAAUUCACAUAGCAUUUUCUUGCACAAUACCACACUAACCAAUCUAACCUUCUUCCACAAAUCAUACUGUUAUUAACCUAGGCAGCUAUGUGUAAGAACAUUGUUUUUAACCUAUAAAAUUUAGUUUGGUAAUAAAGAGUAAUUUUUCCAAUUGAUGGGUGUAAGUCCAAAAAUGGGUACUCAUCUUAACAGAUGAACUGUUUGAUUUUUUUUGGGUGUGUGCAGAAUAUUGUGUAAAAUGUUGGCAUCACUAAACAUUGUUUAAAAAAAGAUGGCUGUAAUUUUUUAAGUUUACUGAUUUUAUUUCUUUGACAUGUGCAACAAAACUUUAGGAAUUUCAAAGCCUACCCCUCAAGAAGAAUCACAUACAGAUGCAAGAAUGCAAAGUAAAAAAAAAAAAUAAUAAUAAUAAUAAUAAUAAUAAUAAUAACUGUGCAUUAUAAGUUGAACAAUUAC